UCGAAAAGUUGACAGAGCGGAAGUAGGACAGGUACUGAGAGUUUCGGAUCAAAACAACUGCUUUAGAUGGGUGUUUUUAUUUUGUGAUGUGCAUGUGAGGACAGUGUGAGUGAGGUGAGGGAUGGAGGCAGUGCCGCGGAUGCCGAUGAUUUGGUUGGAGCUGAAAGAAGCUGGAGAUUUUCACUUCAGUCCCGGAGUUGCUCAGUACAUUAAGAGGAACUAUGGUGAAAGCCCAGAGAACUACAGUGAAGUGCUGAGAAAACUUGAACAGCUUCGUCAGAAUGUAGUAAAUGUCCCAAGGGACUUUGAGGGCUGCAACACACUAAGAAAAUACUUUGGACAGCUGUACUUCCUGCAGAGUCGUGUUCCAAUGGCAAAGGGACAGGAGGCAGCUGCACCGGUGACAUGGAUUGACAUCUUUUCAGGAAAGCAAGUCACUCAUGAAGACAUCAGCUAUGAGCAGGCCUGUGUCCUUUAUAACCUUGGUGCUUUACAUUCUUAUCUGGGAGCCAUGGAUAAUCGAGUCUCUGAAGAAGGGAUGAAGACGUCCUGCACUCAUUUCCAGUGCGCUGCAGGAGCAUUCGCGCACAUCCGAGAUCAUUACAACUCUGCCUACAGCUCUGAUCUCAGCCACCAAGCAUUGUCCAUCAACAUCAGUCUCAUGCUUGGUCAGGCUCAGGAGUGCCUCCUAGAAAAAACACUGUUGGACAACAGGAAGAGCUUCUUGACCGCACGCGUUUGCGCCCAGGUGUGUGACUACUACAGGGAGUGUAUACGAGUGUUGGAGAGCUCAGACUGUGUGUCUGGGAAAAAGGAGUGGAGGAAACUCCUCUGUAUGAAAGUCAGCUAUUUCAGUGCAAUUACACACCUACACAUGGGCAAGCACUCUGAGGAGCAGCAGAAGUACGGUGAAGCUGUUGCGUACUUCCAAAGCUCUCUACACAAACUUAAUGAAGCUAUUAAGCUAAGCAAGGGUCAGCCGGACUCGGUACAGGAAGCUCUGAAAUUCACCAUGGACAUCAUUGGUGGAAAAUUUAACUCCACCAAGAAGGACAACGACUUUAUCUACCAUGAAUCGGUUCCCAGUCUGGACACACUGGCUGCAGUGAAAGGUGCUCCUCUGGUAAAGCCCCUCCCUGUCACCCCAGUUGACCCCAACACCACUGGUCCUGACCUCUUCUCCAAAUUGAUUCCUAUGGCAGCUCAUGAGGCUUCAUCAGUUUACAGCGAGGAGAAAGCUAAACUGCUUCGUGAAGUGAUGGCGAAGAUUGAUGAGAAGAACCAGAUUUUAGAGAGUUUUAUGGGCUCACUGAACUGUGAUUCAGUGGAUUUGGACAUGUUCAACUCUGUUCCUUCGGUGGUGUUGGAGAAAUGUGCAUCACUCAGCGUUCAGCCAGAUGCAGUGAGGAGAUUAGUGCAAGCCAUGCAGGCUUUGUCUGGCGUGUACACUGACGUGGGUUCUUAUCUGGAGGAAAUACGUAAUGCACUGGAGGAGGAUGAGGCAGGGGAGAAGACUUUGGAAAAUAUGGUUGGGAAGAAAGGCUCACCUCCCAGGCCUCCUGAACUAAUGGAACUCCAAAAGGAAUUCAAGAAAUAUGAGACCGCACAUCAAGUAGCCAGUCAAACCAAUACUGAGCUCCACAAAGCCAUGAACCAGCACAUCCCAAACCUGCGUCUGCUGCAGGGACCACUGGAUGAGCUGAGGAAAAGCCUGCCUCAGCCACAACUGAGUCAGGAGGACAUGUCAUCCUUGCAGACAAUGAAACGGAUUUGUGGUAAAGUCGAUGAGAUGCGUAAGCAAAGGAUCUUAUUUGAGAAGGAACUUCGUGACCUCGUUCAGAAAGAUGACAUUACAACUAUUCUCGUGACCACUGAACGGUCAGAGAUAAAGACCUUGAUUGAGGAGCAACUGCAGAAAUAUGGUCAAUUGAAGGGAUACAUUGAUCAGAACCUAACAGCCCAGGAUAACAUUAUUAAAGCUUUGACGGAAGCUAAUGUGCUGUGUGCCACCAUCCGAAAGACCCUCAGUGUCACACAACAAGAAUGGAACAGCUCUGUACAGUCUAUGGUGGCUUCGUACGAAGCAUAUGAGGACCUGGUGAAAAAGGCAGAGGAAGGUAAAAGUUUCUAUCAUGACCUGGAAAAAAAGAUAUCCAAUCUUCUGGACAAAGUUAAGACCAUCUGCCAGAGCAGAAAAGAGGGGAGAACUGCCUUGUUGGAAAGGGAGGUAGCAAAAGUGCCUCCUCCUAGACCUACUGCUCAGAAACCAGUGCUUGGCAAUAAAACCCCAGGUCCUCAAACUGGCACCUCCAGUAUGGAGGCUUCUGUUUCUUCCUUUAGCCUUGGACAGGAUGUACCCCAGAAACUACACACCCUGCCCCCAGCUAUGGCCUUAGCUAGAGGUCCACCACUCCCUAACACUGGUCCCCAUGGACCAACCCCCCUCACGUGGCCCCCAGGGGCAGCCAGUCCUCCAUUUUCAAACCAGGGAAUGCCACAGUACACACCUCCUAAACAACCCCCUUAUGGCCAAGUUUCAGGAGUUCCGCAACCAAUGGUGCCUAUUCAGCCUCCUUCCAGUUAUGCUGUGCCUCAACAAUUCCAGCCUGGUCCAUCCAGAGGCAUGACGCCAGUUCCACCACAGAUUAACCCUCAAAAUGCUUCACAAGUGCCUCAUCAGGGCUAUAUCCCAGCACCCUGGCAGAAAUCACCAAAUGUACCCUUUCCUAUUGUUUCAGCAAAUUAUCCUAUGUCUCCUGAGAUGGGACAGCCUGCUGCAAGACCUGGUCUGCCUGGACAUGUUCUCAUGUGUGGUGGACAGGGUCAGUACAUGCAACCUAGCAUGCCUCAGUCCUCUUCUGCUCAACAAGUGACUCCAGGAACACAGUACCAAGGUUUCCCCCAACAGCCUGGACAUGGUAUAACCUCUCAGGCACCUAGGGUUGCCUUUUUUGGGCAAAACCAGCCAACCUCCCAUCCUGGGCAGUUCCAGCCUCCAGUGCCACCUCAGAGCCAUUCUCAGCCAAUCCCAACUACUGCUUACUGGCCUCAAUCCCAGCCUGGUUUACCAACUCAGCCAGGGCUUCUCUCGGUUACACAGACUUCCCUUCCUGGGGAAGCUAAAGUACAACCAUUUCCUCCUGGUCCUGUAAACCAGUUUUAUCCAGGGCAGUCUACACAAAACCAGCCCCAAGCUCAAAUGGGUCAUGUUCUUCCCUCCAUUCCGUCUUCUCAACCUCAACAAGUGCCUGGGUCCUUUCAGAAUACUAACAAACAAACACCUAUAUCACAACCUACCACUCAGGUACCUUUCAGCCAAAAUCCCCUGAUGCCUUUUACUUACCACUCCUCUGAUAACUCUCCUAUGCCUCAGAGAAUUGCACUACCCGGGGGUAACAUGUAUUUUCAGGGUGGAACACCUCACAGCCAAGCCCAGCCCCUUCCAGCUCAAAACGUGUCUCAACAGCCCACUACUCCAUUUAGUCCCAUGUUUCAGGCAGUGAAUCCCCUCCAAAACCAAAAUAUUCCACCUCAGAAUACCUCAUCUUCUGGACCAAUUACUGUCCCAGUCAUGGACAAUCCAAAUCCACCUGCACUUACUGGUAUACUUACACCUUCUCCAGCUCACCCCUUACCCUGUAAUCAGACUGGGCCUGUCCUGAAGCCUUCAUCCUCUGAGAAUUCAUUCAAUAUCGCCUUGAAUAAAGAGGGAUUCCAGCAGAUAAAUCCAUCUCAUGGAGUGAUGAAUCAUGGUUGCAUUCAAGACAAGAUGGAUAAACUCAGCAUUGGUUCCCAGGGAGAAGCUUCUAACGGUGAAGGAGAUAAAGUUAAAUAAAAUAAGAUAAAUAUAAUCCAAGCUGGUGUGAUGUCAGCGAAUAGCAGUCUCUAAUCUUAACCAAUCAAAUUAGAAUAUUAAAAUGGAAUGUGGGACGAACACCAAUGAGUCCACAAUGUGUAGAUCCAGAGCCAAUUACAGUGUGAAUACAGCUGACAGGACGGGAGAGGUUUUCUCCUUCCGGGAGUGUGAGAAAACGUCAGAGAAUUAAGAGAAAGACCACGCAAAUUGAAAGACCCACAGGAGUCAUGAAAGAGUGCUCUUUUUAGUGAUCUGGACUCUCUCUUUGGAAAUUACGUAACAAUUACAAUAGAAAAUAUUUUGUUUAAGUGCAUAAGUGAGUUAAUGUUCCACAUUAUUCCUUAUGUAAACCUCUAAGAUGAAACAUUGGCACGAAAUGUUCUGACUGUACUUUAGCUUACUUUCUAAAGAUCUAUGAAUACAGGUUGUAUCUACAUAAAACACUUAAGGGAGAUAUAUGUUGUGACUAUGUAAUCUCUUAUUCCUGAGCUUUAUAAUCGCACUAUAUUAUUGAUAAUAGUUUGUGAUGGUAAUAAUGAAGAGGGUGUGAACUUGGUUACUGGGUUCAUUCAGCAUUAAUUACGAUAAGGACACAAUGCAAUCCAAAUUUUGAUAGUGAUGCAUUUACCCUUCUGAGCCUUGAUGAUCUGUCUAAAUAUUUCCUUUUAAUUUCUCUAAACUUUAUUAUGAAACAGCCCGUGCACAAAUAAAGUUUAUGAUGUUG